GGCCUAAUUUAAAAAAAAGUUUUACGACAACAGACAGUGAUGUUUCAUUUUCUAAUUUGUUUGAAGGACCGUAAGUUGCUAGCGAUGGCGCAGCAGAUGCUUCAGGACAGCAAGACGAAGAUCGAGUUCAUCAGGAUGCAGAUCCUCAAGGCCAGCCAGGCCAGCGAGAUGAGCUUCGAGAACAACGAUGUGAUGGACAAGCCCAUCAUCAGCCCGCUGGACCUCCGGGUGGAGGAGCUGUGUCACCACGCCAAGAUCGAGUCGGCUGUAGCAGAGGGAGCCAAGAACGUCAUGAAACUGCUGGGCACAGGGAAAGUCACAGAAAAGAGAGCGCAUUCAGAGGCCCAGGCUCGUUUUAAUGAGUCCAGUCAAAAGCUGGACCUCCUGCGAUACUCCUUGGAGCAACGCCUCAUGGAGCUGCCUAAAAACCACCCUCGCAGCAGCAGCAUCAUGGAGGAGCUGUCCCUGCUGUCCUCUCCUCUCCUCAGUCCCAGAUCCAGCAUCAUCUCCACACAGAACCAGUACAGCACUGUGACCAAGCCCGCAGCACUCACAGGCACGUUAGACGUCAGGCUCAUGGGCUGUCAGGACCUUCUGGAAAAUGUCCCGGGCCGUUCCAAAGCAGCUUCUGUCCCUCUGCCGGGCUGGAGCCCCAGCGAGACGCGCUCCUCCUUCAUCAGCCGAGCAAACCGCAACCGUAGCGUGAGCUCCCGGAACCUGACGAAGAGCGAGGAGCUCUCCAAUGAGAUCAGCGCAGUGCUGAAGCUGGACAACACGGUAGUCGGCCAGACGAGCUGGAAGUCAGUCAGUAACCAGGCCUGGGACCAGAAGUUUACAUUGGAGCUGGACCGGUCUCGUGAGCUGGAGAUCUCGGUGUACUGGAGGGACUGGCGCUCGCUCUGCGCCGUCAAGUUCCUGCGACUCGAGGACUUCCUGGACAACCAGCGUCACGGGAUGUGUCUGUACCUGGAGCCACAGGGGAUGCUGUUUGCUGAGGUUACAUUUUUCAAUCCUGUCAUCGAGAGACGACCAAAGCUACAAAGACAAAAGAAGAUUUUCUCGAAACAGCAAGGUAUAACCUUCCUGCGGGCCCCUCAGAUGAACAUCAACAUCGCCACCUGGGGCCGCCUGGUGAGGAGAGCCAUACCCACCGUCAGCACCAACUCCUUCAGCCCGCAGGCGGCUGAGACCGGGACCGACAGCGUGCCGGGCUCCCCCACACCCUGCAGGAGCGAAGUCGAGAGGGGCUCUGGUAAUUCUCUGCAGCUCUGCUCAGGCCAGAAAUGGGCCGAGUCGCUCUCAGGUGCUGUAGCUCUGUCGCUCAGCCACCAGUCAGAUUGCCCUCUGACCCCAGAUACCCCUAACAGCGAGGCGAGGAUGUGCAGCAGCAGCCGCCUGGCCGCCCUGAAGAGACAGAAUGACAUUGAGCUCAAGGUCAAACAGGGAGCUGAGAACAUGAUCCAUAUGUACACCAACGGACCCUCUAAGGUCACCACAGACAAGAAGAGCCUGGCUUAUGUCGACAACAUGCUGAAGAAAUCCAACAAGAAGGUAGAGGAACUUCACCAGGAGCUGCAGGAGCUCAACGCCCACAUCGUGGUCAAAGACCCCGAGGAACUGCUAGGUAACAGCAACAAUGCAAAGAAGCGGAUCCACAGAUGA